CAAGACAUCUCAAAGAAGUCAAUUCUAUGACCCUCCUAUAUGCUGUACACUUAUGUUUGUUUCCCGUGCAGUGUUCCUGCCAGCUGAUGCUGCACACUCAGUGUUGCGGAGGCUCCCGAGAGCAAACUUCUUCUUGGAGGAAAUUAAACAAGGGAACAUCCAGCGUGAGUGCAGAGAGGAAAUCUGCACUUAUGAAGAAGCAAGGGAGUCAUUUGAGAAUGAUGAAAAAACGAGGCGGUUCUGGGAGGAAUAUCAGCGUGUGAGCAGCCCCAAGCCUGGAGGUCUGCAGUCUAUUGUGGGUGGAGUUCAUUCCUUGUACCUGAUCUUACCGCUGCUGCUGGUUUUUCUGCUCAUUGCUGCAGUUUCCAUUACAGUUUGGAGAUGUCACUCACGUAAAAGAUCCCAGCAAAGCCCUGCCAUUGGGCAUCCACAAAGAGACACAACCCUAUCUGUGGUUUCAAUGGACCAGUGGGGGCAGGACUUCCAUCCCGACAUCAGCCCCGCCUACCCCGAUCUCACACCUGGGCGGGGUAGUCGUGGUGACCCUCCACCCUCAUAUGAAGAAGCUGUGGGCCAUACAGAUAUACAUAUUGAAGCAGAACCUCCACCACAAUAUGAAGACAUUAUCAGUAACCAUGGUAGCACGGUUAUUAUUGCCCAGGGAAAUUGAAAGUUCUUCCAGGCAAAUUAUCCUGGCACAUCUAGGGAUGCAUUUUUAGGCCUUCACCAAUACUGUAAACCAUCAUUCCUUAUUCACUCACUUUAUAUCAACACCUGGAGGUUUGGCGGGAUGAGAAAUUGCUUUGGUCGUUUAUUUUUAUUACCAUAAAUAUUUUUUUUACAACUUCACUUAUAUGACAGCCAUGAUUUGAAAUUCCAGCACUAGCAAAAUAGCAUACUUCGUAAUGGCCUCUUUUCAUCGAAUGCGUUGUCCAUUGUAUGGACAAUAGAUGCAUUGAAAGUGUAAGGUGACUGGGGCUGUAAUUCCCUAGCAUUCUGCUUGGGAACAACAUGAGGGUGUUAUCGAUGACAGAACUUUCAUUUUUGGGUGAACUAAUUCGACGUUGUGAAAUGGUAAAUUACAAUAAUUUCGACUUUCAUCAGAUUGCUUUCAGAGAUCAACUCAUGAUAACUUGAAUCAUGACCCAAGCACUAAAGCGAGGAUGAAAAAGCACUUUUAGGAAAAUUCAUAUUCGUCCUAGUUAGUAAAAACUAUUACAAUGUUUCAGAAAUUAACUCUCAUGGGACCAUUUUGACCCGUAAUAUUAAAUCAUUGUGGAUUCAAUGAACAGAAAAAAAAAGAAGAAACAUGCUCAACAUUUUCAGGAACAAUUUGAAGUUGUAAAAUGUAAUGUUUACAGACAUACUGUACUUUAUCAAUUUUAGCCUUCAAUGAUAACCUUCUUAGCUUAGGCUAUCUCUACAUAACAUUUGUAAAUACAUAGACAUCUUUAUGCACUGGGCUCACAACCUCAAUGAAAUAUUGAUGUUAAGUUGAUUUAGUUUCAUUUCGAGAGUUGUUAAAACAAUUUUUGUGAUCAAGUUAGUUUGCAUAUUUGAAACUCCGUUUUCAGCCAGUUCACCAGUUAACAAUGUGAAAUAAUGAUUGAAAGAAAUGAUGUGAAAUUAUGCUUGUAGGAGGUAACUUUGCUGAUAACAUUUUGGAAAUUGACCAAACAAAUUUAACAGUUUUAUUUUAUGAGGCAUAAUGGAUGUUGAUGCUGAAUCAGCACAUGUCCAAGCUGUUUUUGUCCAGUGGGCAGCAAGUCAACAUCUGUAAGGUUUUGUUGACUUGUUUUAGGUGAGCAAACUGCUCAAAUCUGCUGUGGGCAAAAGCAAUACUGAAAAAUACAUUGCAAUGUACAAUUAACGUUUUAUUUUUGCCACAUUGAGUUUCAAGACAUGGUAGACAAGUUAUUGGUAUAUGCAUCACUGGUCCUUUUUCUAUUCUAUUCUAUUGUUCACCUGGCUCCCGCUCCCUCCAUAGGACAGGCAGAGGUCUGCCAUAUUAUAGGAAGAAUUUAUAUGGUCACACAGAUUUGAGAAAUGUAUCCUUAUUAUGGUCUAGGAUUAAGAUGGGAUAUUAAGACAGGGAUAACUAGGACAACCAAGAAAUGUAGUCCAGUGUGAAGGUGAUUGUUAAAGAAAUGGCUCAUCCAAAAAAUUUAAAUUGUACUCAACUCAUGUGUUCCAAACACAUGAUUUUCUUUUCUCUGUGGAACACGAAUUGUUACGCUGAAUAUUAUCCUCGGUAACCAUUUCCUUUCAUUGUUUUUUUGUGUGUUUUUAGUUUUUUUCAGACAAUGAAAGAGACAUUUAGUAUUUUUACAGAAUUUUCAUUUUUGGGUGAACUAUCCCAGAUAAGAAGCAUGUUUCUUAUUUGUUGUGAGCUGUUUGCUAACUUCUCUUGAGAAAUGUUUUAUGGUGACCAACUUUGUGUUAUUCUCUCUGACAACCUAUAUACUGGAUUAUGUUUAGAACAACUAUUUUGACUACCUUGAUCUGCUGGUUGUAUUUGAUGAAAAAAUGUUCUGGUAUAUUUGGAGUAGGUUUCAUAAGCAUACCUCUCCCUUCCUCACGACAAAUUAAGAUGUUUACCAUCUUUCUCCUGAAAUGUAUCAGCUGGAACUGUUGAGAACCAUAUUUGGACAUUUAACCCUGGCCUUUUGGGUUGGGCUGUUACUUAACAGCAAGCAGACACCUUUUACCUCUUACCAUUUAUUCUUGAGCGAUACUAAACACUGAAACCAAGAGAAUCUGAGAUUAGGAUCAGAUUGUGGAAUCAAACCCCCCCCACACACACACAAAAAAAAAAACCUAUAGUGCGAUAACAUUCAGUAUUAAAUGUCAGGAAAGUGUGUGUGUGUGUGGAUGUAUGCAUGUAUGUGAGAAAAAGAAAAUAACAAUGGACAACAAUGCAUUUCUACUUAUUCAGUAACUGAGUGAAUGCACGUUUUCUAGGCACAAUUUGCUCUUGGUAAAAUAAUAUUAAUUGGUAUAAUAAUAUUAAUAUUAACCGUGAUAGAUGAUUAUACAUAUUGGUAAAUGCAUUUGGUUUAUGCUCUUGGCUUGCUAGUUUAUAUUACACCAUGCUCAGCCAACAUAAAUAUGCAAUAAAACACAUCACCAGCACUAACUUGCCUGAAGGAAAUAAGACCACCUUAAUUUGAAGUAAAGUCUGAUGAUGUUGCUAGUGUGGCUGACUUUGACGGACAGCAUCUGUUGCUGUACAUUUGCCGGCUGAUAUUUCUGUGGUUGUUAAGCGUGUGGUAUGGUGGUGUUUAUUGCUUAAGCCUUACUCAGAGAAUGUGUAUAUACGUGUAUUAAAAAAAAAAUACUUUUUUUUUUGUAAUGACUGAGCUUGAAUUUAAUUUUUUAAUAAAAGUUUUUU